AUGUGUGUGGUAUUUGCUUAUCAAGUGGAAGGACUUCAACUGGAAGAUCAUAGCCCAGCUUCAGAAAUAGGAGUACAUUCAAAUUAUUUAAUUGAUGAACCACCACCAGAUUAUGAAGCACCACCAAAUUAUGAAGAAGCAAUCAAAAUGUACAAGGACUUGAUGAAAACCAAAGAUUAUAAUCUAAAAAUGAAUUUAAUGCAUUUAGAAUCAAAUGGUAAAUUGUUCAAUUAUAGUGUACAAUUAUAUUUUUUCAAUUUUUCUUUUCACUUGAUUUCAGAAAGCAGCCACAUAUCUGACAUUAACGUUAAUAAUAUUGAUAUUAGCUUGACAGAAAAUAAUUUUUCAGUUCAUAUUUGUUUAUGCUGUAGACAAGCGAGUUAUCAAAUUCAAGCACUGAACAUUAACAAUAUGAAUAGAUGUUGUUUGAGUAAAAUUUAUUCAUUAAGAACAUUAACAAUAAAUGACCAAUAUUAA